AGGGGGCCUGAGGGAGGGCUGCCGCGCAUGCGUGCUCCCUCUCCCCGCCCCGCCCCCGGCUCCCACCCCGUCGCUGGGGCUGGGUGGGAGCAUCGCCUACCCUGUCAGUCCUGUCAGAACUGCGGCAGGUUCGGGUCCGAGUGCAACCACCUAUCCCAGGACGGAGGGCCUGCUGUCCACAUCUCUUCCCUAAGCUGCCCACUGGGGGAAUGGCGCUGCCAAGAAAACCUAGCACGUUCGAUCUGGGCCUGGGCACGUGGAGCCCUAGCUCCCAGAAGGACAGCCACAAGGCUCGGGCACCCUCCAGUAGCAUUGGCAAGCAGCUGCCCGAGUACAAGGCAGUGGUGGUGGGUGCAAGUGGUGUAGGCAAGAGCGCACUGACCAUUCAGCUGAACCACCAGUGCUUCGUGGAAGACCAUGACCCCACGAUCCAAGAUUCUUACUGGAAGGAGGUGGCCCUGGGCCAUGGGGGCUGCAUUCUGAAUGUGCUAGACACCGCAGGGCAGGCCACUCAUAGGGCCCUGCGUGACCAGUGCUUGGCUGUUGGGGAUGGUGUGCUGGGUGUCUUUGCCCUGGAUGACCCGUCAUCUCUCACCCAGCUGCAGCAGAUGCGGGCCACGUGGGGCCCUUACCACACCCAGCCUCUCGUCCUUGUGGGCAACAAGUGUGACCUUGUGACCAGCAGUGGAGAUGCUCACGCUGCUGCUAUAGCCCUCGCAAAGAGCUGGGGGGCCCCCUUCGUGGAGACCUCGGCCAAGACACGACAAGGUGUAGAGGAGGCCUUCACCCUGCUUAUCCAUGAAAUUCAAAGGGUCCGGGAGGCCAUGGCAAAGGAGGCCAUGGCAGGGCCAGGAGGGAAUAAGGCCCGGCACCAGAAGACCAUGUGCCACUGUGGCUGCUGCAUAGCCUGAAGAGUGUUGGUCAAGAAAAGUAGACCCUCUUCCAGGCCAGGGUGAUGGUUCCUAGGCACAAGACCCCCAGAGCAACUAGCUGAAUGGGACACUGUUGGUGUACUAGGAAUAGGUGGACCCUCCCUCUCUUGGGGAGGUUUUCAUUCGGUGAUAGGAUUUUGGUAAUGUGGGCCAUAGUGUUGAUUAUAUUAGGGCAACCUGGGAGAUUUUGUACAGAGGUAAAUAAACGG